UCAAUGAAAUGUCUAUGUCACUUGACAUUUCCCAUUUUUAUAAUAGUCACAACAUAUAAAAAUAACAACAAACAAUUAAAAAUGCUAACUUAAGUACUUUCUCAUUAAAACGACGUUCAGUGGACAGUGGGUCUUCUUAAGUCGUCUGAGAUCUUAGGGCGGAGACAUCUUUAAUAUCUAAUUGGGUAUAGUAAAUAUAUUACGGGAAAAAGUCACACAAUUUUUUAAAUUUGUAUAAACCAGUAAAAGUUUAUUUAUAGGCCUUGUAAAUAUUAUUAAUAACUUAUCCAAAAACAAAUUAAAUGCCUCAUCGUUGUGCUUUUGGGUGUAAACCAGAUGGCACUGCCCUGCACCAAUUUCCAAAUCCUGACAAAUUUCCUCAGCGUUUCCAAAUUUGGGUAAAUUUCGUGGAGGGAAAAGAAAAAUCUGAAACCAACUCAUUUUCUGAUUUUGAAUUAUAUAAGAAGAAGAGGUUAUGUGAUAACCAUUUUUCUAAUGAAUAUAAGAAUCGCUUUAAGCGUCUCAAUAUCUUGGCUGUACCAACAAUACUUUUGCCUGAUGAAUCAAAACUUAUAGAUAACUCAACGGACAGCAAUCCUGAUAUUGUGACUUUACAUUAUUUUAAUAAUGAUGAUUGCAAUCAAUCAGAGACUACAGUUACCCUUGCAGCUGAAAGUGGAUUAAUUUAUGGUAGUCCUAUCAUCAGGACUACACCUCUUAAUACUAAUGUAGAGGUUGGAGUUGUAAAUAAUGACAAUAUAACUUUAAGAAAGCCUGCAGCUAAUGUUAUCAAGGAACAUAACUAUAGUGCAACAUGUAGAACAGAACAAAACAAUCACAAAAACGGCAGCAACAAGGAUUACAAUGCAUUUGACAGAGAUGCUAAGACUGAGAUAUUUAGAAAUUUAUUUAAUGAUGUUCCGGAGUCAAAAGCUGCUGAAUGUUGGUCAGAGAUUGUAAAUGUUUUAAAUAAAUACAUGGAACAAGCUGAGUAACACAAAUCGAAAUUAAAAGAAUCUUUUAAUUAAUUCUGGACUGUUUAAAAGGAACAGCAGUAUUCUACUGUAAAUUGGGUCCAGCAAUAAUGAGUGACAAUCGAACCCUGCACCAAAUAGCACUAAAAUAAUUAUGAUUAAAAUAUUGUGUUAAGAGUGAGACUGCUUUAAGAUAUGCUGCAUUAUGAUAAGCAAAGGAAGUAAUAAAAAAAUGCGAUGUCAAGGAUUCUAGCUUAUUAUUUAAGUUGUAAAAACUUCAAAGGUUUAUUUUCUGAGUCAUUCACAAAUACGCACGACUUCCUCCAUAAGGUUGGUGCACAUUGGCAACCAUUAUCAUAGCAAAAACGUUUUUUUAUGAGAUGAAAAUUGACUUUAAAACUAUGACGAAAGUUCAUAAACGUUAGGCUAAACAAAAAAACAAGGCACUCAUGGUCUCAGAAAUUGUAAUCAGUAAUUAAAUUCACAUUUUGCAGAUAUUGAGUCGUUUUUCAAAAGACACUUGCAAUAAUAUAUGUACCGGUCCUAUGACUAUUAUGACACUAUCGUUCUAAUACAUAGUAAAUAACUUUUGAUAUCAAAAUGAAAAUAUUACCAAAAUAGUUUCUGACUAAAAUAUGAGUGCAUGUGUCAUACAUACUAUUGUUUAAGCAAAUAAAUAUUCAUACAUUGAUCGUUUUAAUAUUAGUGUUGUGUUGUUAUACACGUUGACUAGAUGUAACGUUCUCUGUGUUAACACUUUUAACAUAACAGGUGUCAAACAGUACUUAUUGAGUAAAUCAAAACAAGGUACAUGUACCCAUUCUAAUAAACGCAUUAAUUACAAAUAGUAGUUAAAAAGCACGGCUACAUAGACUUAGAUAUGGAACAAAUUCCGGAAGGACAAGGUGUACGGGUAUAUACGUUCGUAGAUGAUAAGGACGAAAACCAUGCUAGAAUUCAUAAAAGAUGGUGGGAAAAAUUAUGUUUGCGUUGUCAUCAGGAAGAUUCAACGCCUUCUUGGCAGCCGUCAUGGUGGUCAAAAUUAUUUCCUUUUCCUAUUUUUUCGACCUACAGACAAUCGGCACAACAACUCUGUAUCAUUAUGUUUUUCCUUCUUACUUGGGGUAUCCUGUAUUCAGAACUCGGUGAAUCAAUUGGGUUACAAGGGGAACUCCUAAGUAUGGCACUCCUGGUUAUUGCCGCGUACUUAAUCGGCUGGGUGUGGCUGAAAAUUACUACGCUUCCGGCGUUAAUAGGCAUGCUAUUAACAGGAAUAGCUUUCCAAAACCUACAGCUGGUACAUAUGACGGACUCGUACAGAAAAUUAAAUCAGGAUUUGAGGAAAAUAGCCUUAGUGAUCAUUCUUACGCGAGCUGGUCUCGGUCUUGACGCAGGCGUGUUAAGGAAGCAUUACGCUGCGGUACUUCAACUAGGGCUCUUGCCUUGGCUGGUCGAGUGCAUAGCAAUCGCCGUUAGCACACAUUACCUUCUGUACCUACCAUGGAUUUGGGGUUUUCUCCUAGGAUCAAUGAUAGCGUCUGUUUCUCCGGCGGUAGUUGUUCCAUGUUUAUUCAGGCUUCGAGACGUCGGCUACGGUGUAUCUAAGGGUAUACCAACAAUAGUAGUAGCUGCUGCUGCAGUAGAUGACUCUAUCAGUGUGGCCAUUUUCGCCAUAAUUCUGAACGCCAUGUUUUCUACCGGUUCUGCGACUUUUAAUAUUAUUAAGGGACCAUUGUCCAUCAUCGCGGGCAUAGUGUUAGGAUCAUUGUGGGGAGCUAUGACCGCGGUUAUACCUGAAAAAGGUGAUACUUACGUGGUGCCGUUGAGAUUUCUGGCCCUAUUCCUAGGAGGGCUAUUUUCUCUAUUCAUAUCAAGCAUGAUUGGAUGGAGCGGUGCCGGACCCCUCGCAAUUGUCGCAUCAGGAUUUGUUGCGGCAUAUAAAUGGGAAAAGCAAGGUUGGCCAGUAAACAAGAAUCCUGUCAGUAACUUAUUUAGAAUACUAUGGAUAUUCUUCGAGCCAAUAUUGUUUGCUUUCACUGGAGCUCAAGUGACGAUAAGUGCCUUAGAUCCGGAAGUAAUUAAAAUGGGUACUAUAUGCCUUCUGUCCUGUUUAGUACUGCGAGCUAUAGCAACGUUCUUCGUGAGCUUUGGCUGUGGGCUUAACAGUAAGGAGAAGCUAUUUAUAGGCCUCACGUGGACAGCAAAAGCGACCGUACAGGCAGCGUUGGGCCCUGCAGCUUUAGAUUUAGUGAACAGCGGACAAACGGCCGGGGAUACUAGAGAAAAUGAAGAGUUCUAUGCUAAAGCAAUCUUAGCUGUCAGUGUUCUGAGUGUAGUCAUAUCCGCACCGUUGGGAGCCCUGCUUAUUGCUCUAGCAGGCCCUAAAUUACUCACCAAGGGUGAUGAUAAUGAAAAACGAACUCAAGAUGAAGAAAACCAAAAUUCGUCUCAUAUUUAAUGUAAAUAUCUUGGGGCCAAAACACGAAUUUGCUAAGCUAACUUUUGUAGUAAAGCUACUCUAUUGUACUUAGUUUAAUUCUGUUAAAUAUAAUUUUAAGAGCAGGCUGUUGUAUAUUAAGAAAAUAAUGUGAACAUAAGUAGUUACAAACUUUUAAAAACGGUAUAAAUACCGGUGAUAUUUGCAUAAGUGUACUUACCGUAGUACUUACAUAAAAACUAAAAAUCGAAUUAUUUGUACUUAAAUGUUUUUACUCUGUUUAUAU